CACACGCAGCUCGCCCACGGCUCCCCCACCGGCCGCGUGGAGGGCUUCAGCAACGUGCGGGAGCUGUACGGGAAAAUCGGGGAGGCUUUCGGCAUCCCCCCGGCCGAGGUGCUGUUCUGCACGCUGAACACGCCGCAGGUGGACAUGGAGAAGCUGCUGGGGGGACAGAUCGGGCUGGAGGAUUUCAUCUUCGCGCACACGCGCGGCCGCCGCAAGGACGUGCAGCUGCUCAAGUCCGAGCAGGCGCUGGGGCUCACCAUCACCGACAACGGCGCCGGCUACGCCUUCAUCAAGCGCAUCCGUGAGGGCUCGCUGGUGGCGCGGGUGCCGCAGGUGGGGGUCGGGGACGUGCUGGAGGCGCUGGACGGGCGCAGCCUGGUGGGAGCGCGGCACUUCGAGGUGGCGCGGCUGCUGCAGGAGCUGCCCCGCGGGCAGCGCUUCACGCUGCGCCUCACCGAGCCCCGCCGCGCCCCGGAGGCUCUCGGGCCGCGCUCGGGGGGCGCUCGGGGGGAGUUCCCCCAGGGGGGCCGGGGGACGCUGAGGCUGCGCUCGAGGGGCCCGGCCACGCUGCAGGAGCAGCCCUCGGCCUUCGAGGAGCGCGCGGUGGCCAAGGUGGACGAUCUGCUGGAGAGCUACAUGGGCAUCCGGGACAGCGAGCUGGCGGCCACCAUGGUGGAGCUGGGCCGCGACGCGCGGGACCCGGACGCGCUGGCCGAGGCUCUGGACGCACAGCUCGGGGACUUCGCCUUCCCCGACGAGUUCGUCUUCGACGUCUGGGGCGCCAUCGGGGACGCCAAGGCCGGGCGCUGCUGAGCCCCGCUGGGGACCCCCCCAGGGAUUGGGGACCCCCCCAGGGAUUGGGGAACCCCCCUGAACUGGGACCCCCCCACUGCAAUCCCCGUGAUUGGGGAACCCCCCCAAAAGCUGGACCCACUCCCCCAAAAUCUGCUGGACCCCCAAAGUGCCC